CCUCCUCCUCGCACCUUCUGUGUGGCAGUAACGAAAUCCUAACUAUUCAGUUUUUCGCCGCUUCUGCUAAGAGCACCGCCCGGUUGACGGCGAUGCCAACACCUGGACGUCUCCAAUACAGGGCAUCUUGAAGGACCAGUAGAGAGAUGUCAAGGUUCCGUGGAUUAUGGCAGGCUUCUGUUAAUGCUACUAAAAAAGCUCUAACUUGGAACGUCGAUGACUGGAUUCCACCAAGUGAAAAAUACAUAUUUAGCUUUAAUUCAAAGGAUGAGCUUAAAAAGUGGCAUCUCUAUUCCGAUUCCGAGUAUGGAGGUCUGUCUACAGCAUCUCUAGAAAUCAAAAAUGUUGGAAAUGCAUCAAGUGUUACUACCGGAAUAUUUUCUGGGAACCUUUCUUCUGAUCUUUCUGAGGGUUCAAGGUGGAACAUCAGUCGAAGUGGCUUCUGUGGCAUGCGUUCUAGAAAGUUUGAUGGCUUUAUUGACUUGGAAUCAUAUGACACAAUAGCUCUAAAACUUAAAGGAGAUGGGAGAUGCUAUAUUUCUACUAUUUAUACGGAGAAUUGGGUGAAUUCUCCAGCACAACAUGAAGAUAACUCGUGGCAAGCAUUUGUCUUUGUGCCUAAAGACAACUGGUAUAUAGCUAAGAUACCCAUUGCUCGGUAUUUGCCAACGUGGAGAGGGAAUGUUAUUGACGCAAAUUUGGAGAUGAAUCCUUCUCGAGUUGUUGGCAUGUCGUUUUCUGUUAACGCAGAAGGUGGAGUUCCAGGUGCUAGGACUGGUCCAGGUGAUUUUCGAGUGGAAAUCGAUUGGAUCAAAGCCUUUAGAACGCAGUGAUUCCCUAUGAAGAAUGUUUGUGGCACUAAAUAUGAGACUCGUGUAUAUGGAUGAUCUUGUUUGUCUUUUAACAAAACACAGCUUAGUAUUCUGCUCACCAUUCACAACAAAUUUUGUCGCAGAGCUUCUUCUUCUUCUUUUUUCCUUUCUUUUGUCAUAGCUUUGAUGAAUACUAGUGAUGGGAAUGAUACACACAGAAACAAUAAAAGAUGUCAUCAUGUCUUGUGGCCGCACUA